GUAACCCUGGGAGCUUUUUUUGUUUUUUAAAAAAUUACUCAUUUUACAAUAACAAAUUCGUCGAUUUUUUAUAGAAAAAAUCGGUUUUUUGGCUUUUAUGUGUUACGAAAAAUCGAAAAAUGAAAAAAAAAUCCUCCCAGCGUUACCUCGAGAAACAUCUCCUUUGACUAAUGCAUCUUGGUUUUUUUGUUUUAGAUGAUUCUGUUGCGAGUUAGAGUGUACACCGUAAAAUAACUUUUUUUGCAAGCGCCUGAGGAGAUUUGCUCUUACUCGCUCAAUUCGCAAUAUUUUGCAAUGAAAAUUUGGUGAAAUACUUUUCAAAUGUUGUACUAUUAUAUAAAAAUUUAAUAAAUAUAUUAACUUUCUUUGUAUCGCCAAAAAAAAUUCUUAAAAGUAUGCAUUAUUUUCACCGAAUUAACUAUACCCCCCCCCUUAAAGGAAUUAAAGCCGAAAUUAUAAAAACACGGCAGGGAUAUUUUAUCAAGAGACGUGGAUUUACAGUCGAAGAUAUAUUAAGUGGUGACUUUUACUCGUCUUUUGAAAUGUCAGUAGACAUUCCUUCAGAAUGAAUGACAGAAGACAUUGAUAUUUCAAAAUUAAGGGACACUCUGAUGAUAACAAUAGCUGUCCAUAACUAUGGUUGUUUUUGUAAUAAAAAGGAUGAUGAUAACGUUUACUUGCGUUAUAAUAAUUCAAUAGUUGAAGUUAAAAAAACAGGACCUUAAUCGUUUCAUUUAGAAAAAAAACCUUAUUUAGAAGUUCCUGCUCAUUUUUCACCACAAAAUUUGGACGAUGGAUUAAAUGAUUUCGAUUGCAAUAAUUUAGAAAUUCAAAUUGAAGAAUGUCACUUAGCGGAAUAUGAAGAACAAGAUGUCAUGCAAGCUGAAAAAGAAAAUAAUAAUUUAAUUUGGGAACUAGAAAGCAGCUUAAAUAAUUAUGCAGAGUCCGAAUGCGAGGAACCUAUGGACGUUAAAAAAACAGAAGAUGGCGAGGAGGACGAAGGCAUUGAUGUGGUAGAAGGUGUGGAGGAUGGCGAGAGAGAACCAGCUGCUUCUAAUACAGGAGAGCAACCGAUGGAAGUAGAAGAGGCGGGAGAAGGGAAGGGGACUCAAGGCAUUGACGAUGGUGAUACAGUAGAAGGCGUAGGUGAGCAACGUAUGCCUGAAGAGGGGAGAGGAGAAGAAGAAAAGGAGAAUAAAGAAUGAAUGAAAUAAUAUUUAGAAGUCAA